UCCUCUAUUUGGGAAUCGCCGAGUGUGUGUACUGGUCCAAGACGCUUCGAUUUCCUUGAGAACAGUUUCGAAGGUCUAAGGAGGAAAAAGUACGAGACAGGCGACUUGUCAAAAAUAGACGCCAGUGCACCUAAAGACAUACUUUUCGAUGACGAGUCAGGCCAGCCUGAGAACCUCCUAGAUCAGUUCAAAAGUUCACCUGGCGAGUUGAGCGACGACUUGCUCCAAGCAUGCCUAUGGAACUUCGCAUAA